CAGUCAGUCGAGACCGUCGCUUUCCCCGUCUCUUGUCAGCUGUUUCCCUGUUCGCAAAACACGCUCCUGCCAUCUUGACGAACGCCCCUUCCGCGCGACAUGUUUUACAGAGGAGAGAGGACGCAUUCCCGGCCAUCGUAGAGAACUCACACCCGUCACCCAUCCAUCCGGCCGCUCUCGUCGCGCGUCGCAGAAACACUCCCGGCCCCGGCCUCGUCGAAUCGCAUCCACGCCCGCCCCACGUUGUAGUUUGUUGCCCUGGACGCGACACUUAGCCCUCGGGCAUGUCGCAGCAUGUUGCUCGACAGUUAUGGGGGUUGCCGACCACCACAUCGUCGGAGGUCACUGCCUCGUGCACUCCAUACACACUCCCUUCGAACGGCAUCCUUAGUUUCGCCGAAGACAAUAUCGUCACCCUUACCGCCAAUGUAGUCUUCUCACCAGCCUGUACUGAAGGCUAUCAAACACCCGGAUCCAGCAAAGACCCUUCCAGCGUGGCCGACCUCGAGAACCCCUUCUAUGCAUCGACCAUCCCUCAGACAUUUGUAGUCGCAUGUGCUACAUCCCUCGCAUGGGUCCUGGUUGUGAUGCUCAUGAUCAACUCGCGAUCCUUUACUCCUGGUUUCGGUCUCACAAACUUUGCUUCUGGACGAGGAUUGAUUGGUGGCGCUACUGGUGGUACUGCUGCUCCUGGUGUCGGCUCCCGACCAUGGCUCCAGAAAGUCGCCGCUCUUCUCACUGCAAUCGCCUUGACCAUCGCUACUGCCGACACAUUCAAAGUUGCUCAAGAACAAUACGAAAUUGGUUACAUGGACGGAGAUGCCAUGCACAGUAGAGUCGAAGGCAGCAUGGAAGUCCGUGUCACCCGUGUUAUAUCUGAUGUUUUCCUCUGGCUCGCCCAAGUACAAACUCUUAUCCGUCUGUUUCCGCGUCAUAAGGAGAAGGUUGUUAUCAAAUGGGUCGGUUUCGCCCUCAUCAUUCUGGACACAAUCUUCUCCUGCCUCAACAGUUUCCUGGUCGACAGUUUCAACCGCCCCCGGCACUUCGUCGACGCCAUUCCAGCUUUGAGUUAUCUAUUCGAGCUUGCCGUUGGACUGCUCUACGCCGCCUGGGUCAUAUUCUACGGUCUUACCAAACGCCGCUACGCCUACUUUCAUCGGAAAAUGAAAAGCAUUUUCAUAGUUGCUCUCUUAUCACACAUAGCCAUACUAACGCCUGUCGCCUUCUUUAUCACCGAUGUCGCCCAACCGGAUGUCGCUGCAUGGGGUGACUACUUCCGAUGGGUUGGUGCUGCUGCAUCUAGUGUCGUCGUCUGGGAAUGGGUCGAACGGAUAGAAGCCCUGGAACGAGAUGAAAAGAAAGAUGGCAUUCUUGGACGUGAGGUCUUUGAUGGCGACGAGAUGAUCGACUUGACCCCUGGAGACAACAUGACUUAUACAAGGAAACCUCGUGACAACUACCGGCCAGCCGACCACGAUCACGAUCGUUCUGGUGGCACCACCCAAAAGACUGGCUCACAACAAGACGGGGUAAACCGUUUCCCUUCACGAAGGCGAAAAGCGACACCUCGUCGGAGCACUCAUCUGCCGCUUGGUAGAGCACAUUCUGAGAAUCGAACAAUCACUUUUGGAUCUCUACCUCGACCCGAGACUGCUCUAACCCCCAUUACCAACCAGACACCACCACCUCCCCGACUGUCACCUCCCGAUAGAACAAAUACAACAAGUGCCGCCUCGACUGUAUAUGUCAUCAACUAUGGCGAGUCGCAAGAACCUGAACCCGUGCGGCGCCGUACCGAAGACAUACCUGAACAUCCGCCACCAGAUGACCUGGAAGCUCAAACGUCAACUGCACUACGGGACGAGAUCCGGUAUGCCGAUGCAACCAUGCCAGGCGGCUCAUCACGACUGCGACAAACGAGCAAUGCGCUUCGAAACGUAGUUCAGAACCCCUUCAAGCGGAAACGAAUGAGUCCGCCGGCAGAAGUCAGAGCAGCAAGGCAUGAUAGCGAUACACCCGGUUUGCCGUCCCAUUCAUAUUCGAAGUGGGACAUCAAAGGCCGUAUUGGUGCAAUCGCAGCUGAGCAGGGCGAGAAGUUCCGAGAAAGGAAGCAAGAAAAGUCAAACAAUAUUGACCUACCCUAUACUGUCAUCCCAGCACCAACCCGUGGAGCGGCGGCCUGGAGUCCGCACGCAAUGAAGCAUACUAAGAGCGAUCUUAGUAGCGACGUUACACCUUCCGAUUCGCAGCACAAUACUGUGCGAGACUCGAAUAGCUCGCAACAUGUUACAUGGGCCAGCUCGACUACAGCUGGCAGUCAGGGUGAAAAUAUCAUCAACGAGGCUGUCAGUAGCCGGACAGAUGACAACGAGACGCCUCGACCAGGACAUGCUACAUUGCAAGAUGCGAGUCGGUCAACGAGUUCUUCAACACCGGGACCAGCAGCAGGCAACGAUGAUGAGCGUAGAACGCCACGACCAACAUAGAAUAUCUUGGUCUUCACGGCAAUUAUGAGGAGUUUACACGGCGUUACGGAUUAGAGAAGACCUUCCGAGGUCCAAGCAUUCCAGGAAAAGGAUGGCAUCUUUAUUUUUAUCUUUUUUUGAUUCACGUUUUUGAUUUUGUUUGGGACUUGCUAGAUUACUUCUCUCAGAUACCCCCUCUUUUUCUUUCUCUCUUUUCUUUUCUUUAUCAUCCAGCGAUUUCUCCUUUUGAUGUACGGAGGGAAAAGCAUCCGGUUUUUUUUUUUUUUU